AUGGCUCUUGCAUUCCCCACAAUCUAUCUCUUGCCAACUCAUCUCACGCACGAUGAGCUCCAUGAGGUGGAGGAGCAGAUACCAAGCCUGACAUAUGACGCCAACGAGGCUGAAGUGAUAUUGGGGAAGGUCUCCCGCAGAGAACGAGCGCUCUUUGAGCUUCGCCACCGGAAAAUAGCGACUGAGGAUAUACCGAUCCAGGCUCGGAUUCAAGCUUCCUCGCCUUCAAGCAAGGCGCAUGCUGAAGCUCCUUCGAGUCCUGCAAGCGCAACUAGCACAGUCAGCACGCUGGACACGUUAUGGGAUAGUGACCAUGGCAUUGACGAUAUCACCUCUGGUGAAAGAGUGGGCUCGUCUACACAGACAUUACCAGCGGAAGCCCCAAGAAAGAGGACUGCUAGUACAAAUAUCGUGAGGGUGGUGAAGCUUGCCUGGUUCACUGAUUCUGUAGCCGAAGGCAAGGUUCUCCCCGUCGAUAAGUAUUUGGUCUAUGAGGGCCGUAAAAUCAAUGCCGAGAGUGCAGCAAAACAGCCAAAGAGUCCAACACCAAAGCCGAAGGAAAUCUUGGCGAGAGCAGCUGCUGAUGCUGCCAACACCAUACCGUCUCCAUCAAGGCGACAUGGACCUGGCUGGCGGAGGUCGCGAGAAGCAAGAAGCUCGCCUGCUCCCCGACCUCCCGCGUUGUUGUCACAGACGACAUCGGAGCAUGAUAUCGAUGAACAUCUACCGCCCAUACCAGACUUCUUGCACACCACCUACUCUUGCCAGAGGCCGACCCCAGUCAACCCACCAAAUGAGGACUUCAUCGAAGAGCUGAAGAAGAUCCGCACAGUUCGGACACUGACAGGCGACAAGAUCGGGGUCCGAGCCUACUCUACGGCGAUUGCAACCAUUGCUGCCUAUCCAUAUCGACUAUUAACAGCUGCUGAGGUUGGUCGACUUCCAGGAUGCGGCUCUAAGAUCGCCGUAUUGUUCCAUGAAUACAAGGAAACGGGCUUCCUACGCGAGGCCAAGGCUGCUGAAGAAGACGCCAAGCUUUCGGUGCUCAAGCUGUUCUAUGAGAUCUGGGGCGUGGCAGAGACGACCGCCCGGGAAUUCUACAAGCGGGGAUGGCGAGAUCUUGAUGAUGUCGUGGAGUACGGAUGGAACGGCCUGAGCCGGGUGCAGCAAAUCGGCCUGAAGUACUACGACGAAUUCCAACUCAAGAUCCACCGCAAAGAGGUUGAAGCUAUAGCAGAGAUCACCCUCGCCCACGCCAACCGGAUCCGCAAGGGCUUCCAGAUGGUGAUUGUUGGUGGCUAUCGGAGAGGCAAAGAGAUGAGCGGCGACGUCGACCUCAUCCUCAGCCAUCCCGACGAGUCGGCCACGUCUGGGUUCAUCGAAAAGAUUGUCUUGAACUUGGAGAAGAACAAGUACAUCACACAUACCUUGACUCUCAGCAUGAAGAACUCGGAGCGUGGGCAGCACCCGGUGAGCUGGAAGGGCAACGAUAGGAAGGGCCCAAGCUCGGGUUUCGAUACAUUGGACAAGGCGUUGGUUGUCUGGCAAGAUCCGGAUUACCCGGCGCAUGAUUCGGGCGGCACGCCUCUCAAGAAGAACCCGAAUCCGCACCGGCGUGUCGACAUAAUCAUCAGUCCGUGGAAGACCACCGGCUGCGCAGUGCUGGGCUGGACGAGCGGCACGACAUUUCAGAGAGACCUGCGACGAUACUGCAAGAGAGAGCGAGGCCUCAAGUUCGACAGCAGCGGUAUCCGCAGCCGUGCCGAUGGUGCUUGGGUUGAUCUCGAGGAUGCUGGGAUGGGAAAGGCGCCCGACAUGGUCACGGCGGAACGGCGCGUGUUUGACGGCCUGGGCCUUGAGUGGAGGCCCCCGGAGGAGAGAUGCACCGGCUGA